AUUUACACUCUCUCUUCCUUUCUCUCUCUCACACACACUCAUGGUUUGAAUCUCCACGUUGUUUUUGUCACUCAUCACCAUAAUUUGUCUGUCACGAGACGAGACGACGUCGUUUGUUCCAUUCCUUCCGGAAAUUGUGGAUUCAAAUCUCAGUUUUACGCAUCAUCAUCAUUAUCUCAAUCCCAAAAAUAUAAUAUAAUAAUUAUAAUAAUAAAUACACCAAAUUGAAUCUGCUGUAAAUAAUACUAAUAAUUACCCCUCGGAUCCAACUUGUAUCACUUCACUUGUGUCGGCAUCUCUUCAGUAUUUGCUUUCCUAGGGUUUUUUACUUGUUAUAUGGCCUCUAAAGUUUAGAAUGUGAGCUAACAUGUAAAGGUUGUAUUAGUAGACGUGUUUCAUUUUUUCAAUCAAGUAGGUAGCUAAAAAAAAUAUUUAGCGCAAUAAACAAGGUUGAACUGGUAAUGUGAUUCAUAUAUAGAUGGACACAGAAGAUACACAUGAUGAAUUAGGGACCUCAGAACAAGGGUCUUCUAGUAAUACAUGGUGGCCUUCAGAGUUCGCUGAUAAAUUUGGAUCUGUUUCAUUGGACUCGAAAAAAGAAACUCCAACUCAUAGAAGAUCUAUGAGCAGCAGUACAUAUGACAGACUUAUAUCCCAAUCUCAUAUAGCAUCACAAAUCCUAUGGAGCACCGGAGUACUUUCUGAAUCUAUUCCAAAUGGUUUCUACUCAGUUGUUCAUGAUAAGAGGCUCAAAGACCUUUUUGAUGAUAUUCCCACGCUAGAGGAGCUCCAUGAUUUGGAACUUGAGGGGGUGAAAGCCGAUAUCAUACUUGUUGAUUCCCAAAAAGAUAAGAAGCUUUCCAUGCUAAAGCAACUCAUUUCCACGCUAGUGAAAGGUCUGAACUCAAAUCCUGCUGCAAUUGUAAAGAAGAUUGCUGGAUUGGUAUCAGAUUUUUAUAAGCGGCCACAGUUUGAUAGCCCAAUGAAAGCUACACUUGAGGAUGCUUCUCAUGUGCCUGGUGGCCGAGGCGUUCAGUUGCUGGGGCAUAUCAAAAAUGGUUCAUGCCGUCCACGAGCAAUACUGUUUAAAGUUCUCGCUGAUACUGUAGGUUUCGAAAGUAGACUGGUAGUGGGCUUACCUAAUGAAGGAGUUGGUGAGUGUGUGGAUUCAUAUAAGCAUAUGUCUGUAGUAGUUGUUCUGAAUUCUGUAGAACUGCUUGUUGAUCUUAUGCGAUUUCCGGGUCAACUCAUACCCCAAUCAACAAAGGCGAUUUUUAUGACCCAUAUUUCUGGAGCGGGAGAAAGUGAUUCUGCCGAAAAUGACUCAUGUGAUUCGCCACUAGAACCAAACAGCCCUCUAUAUGGUUUUUCAGAAAGGAUGGACAAUGAGAGUUCUGAGAGAGAUGACAGUCUCCAUUACCAGCGGAGAUUAGAAUCAUCUUCGAAUGUUCCUGGACCGUCAUUGAGGAGUAAAAUGAUGCGUUCCGCGUCAUCCAUCGAUGGAAAGUGGAGUUUAUCCCAUAGUGAACCGGAUAUCGCUGCUUCAUUUUGGCGAAGAAGCCGGCGGAAGGUGAUAAACGAACCAAGGACUGCGAGUUCAAGUCCAGAGCAUCCUUCGUUUCGAACACGCGGCCGGUCCAUGCUUGGUGGUGAUAGGAGAUCAUUUAGAGAGUAUCCUGAUGACGUCGGUCCAUCCAGAUCGGAAGGCACAUCAACGUCCGACCUUCGUAGAAAUCGAAGAAGAAGCAUUAGUAUUACUCCAGAAAUUGGUGAUGAUAUUGUAAGGGCUGUACGGGCAAUGAAUGAAACAUUAAAGCAGAAUCGUCUGUUGAGAGAACAGGUGGAGAGUAGGUUGCAGAGUGCAGAUAUCAAGAAAGAUGAGUCAGAUGAGCAUGAUGGAACACCCUUAUAUUCUGUUCAAAGGGAGCAGAUUAGUUCUCAAAAGGCAAUGUCAUUACCUACAUCCCCUCAUGAAUUCAGGCAUCCAGCUUCUAGAAGACCUGGUAUGUCAGAUGGCUUGGUUGGUGAAGAAACAGUCUCAACAUGGAACAAAGUUCUAGAUUCACCCAUGUUCCAAAAUAAGCCUCUUCUCCCUUAUCAAGAAUGGAAUAUUGAUUUCUCAGAAAUUACGGUUGGUACUCGUGUCGGAAUUGGAUUUUUUGGUGAAGUUUUUCGUGGCAUCUGGAAUGGAACAGAGGUAGCCAUAAAAGUGUUUCUAGAACAAGAUCUAACAGCCGAGAACAUGGAAGAUUUCUGCAAUGAAAUAUCCAUUCUUAGCCGCCUUCGACAUCCAAAUGUUAUAUUGUUUCUUGGUGCCUGCACAAGGCCUCCACGCCUAUCAAUGGUUACCGAGUAUAUGGAGAUGGGAUCUCUAUAUUACUUGAUCCAUUUAAGUGGCCAGAAGAAGAAACUCAGCUGGAGAAGAAGGCUGAAAAUGCUUCGUGAUAUAUGCAGAGGGUUGAUGUGCAUUCACCGUAUGAAGAUAGCUCAUCGUGAUAUAAAAAGUGCAAAUUGCCUCGUGAACAAGCAUUGGACUGUAAAGAUAUGCGAUUUUGGGCUUUCAAGGAUGAUGACGGAAUCACCUAUGAAAGAUACCUCCUCCGCAGGCACCCCUGAAUGGAUGGCUCCAGAACUAAUUCGAAAUGAACCUUUCACUGAGAAGUGUGAUAUCUUCAGUCUUGGAGUUAUCAUGUGGGAAUUGUGCACUCUGAAUCGCCCAUGGGAAGGUUUGCCCCCUGAUCGAGUGGUAUAUUCUGUCGCCAACGAAGGUUCAAGGUUGGAGAUCCCGGAAGGUCCCAUCGGCAGGCUAAUUGCCGAUUGCUGGGCGGAACCAAAUGAGCGGCCAAGCUGUGAGAUCAUCCUCACUCGUCUACUAGACUGCGAGUACACUGUUUGUUGAUGCAUUUAGAUUGAAAAGAGAAUAUAAUAUAUAAACUAAACAACAAAAAGACAUAGUAGAGGCUUUACAAAACAUUUAUCGGCUCGAGUACUUGAUUGCUGUAUAAAACCUGUUACUUGGAGAACUAAAAUCACUGGUGUUACUAUUGGAAUUCUCAAUUGUAGAACCCUUUUGUAUCGAAAUUUUUAUUCAAGUUCUUCAACCA